CUACUCUAGUCUAGGUAGGUAGGUACCUGUAUCUCGGAAAGUAUAAAUGUAUUGAACUCGCCCCCAACAUUUUCUCCAUCUCCCGGUCAAAGUCAUUCGGAUCAUGGGUCCGUGACAGGAGAUACAUAUCCCAUUACAUUACGAAGGAAUCAGCAUAGAAACGAGUUCCUAUACGCCGCUCAUUGAGAGACGCCGCUCCAUUCUAGCACUCCAUUCGCAAAAAAGGGCCAAUCGAGAUGGCUUCGGCUUCGACGGUGCAGCGUACCUUCGCACCACUACAACGAACAGUCUCAACAGCCACGAGAGCCGCCCUCGCCUCGCGUUCCUAUGCCACAAUCCCUAGUAGUACUCCCAGCACGCCGUCCUCACAGCCUUCCGCCGCCUCUCGCCGGCCAACAUACUUCAAAGACACAUCCUUAGCUUCGCUCGACGAAUUUCUGCCCACAUCCAACCCCGCCGCAGCCUUGUCACCAAGCGAUGCCUACACUCUGCGCACCGCCGAGGUUGGUCCUGCGUCAAACCGCCGGACCAUCACACGGCUCCCUGAAUGGUUGAAGACUCCCAUUCCCGCAGGCAAUGAUAACUACAAGAAGAUCAAGAAAGACCUGCGCGGCUUGAACCUGCACACCGUCUGUGAGGAAGCCCGGUGCCCCAAUAUCUCCGACUGUUGGGGUGGGGAUAACAAGAAUGCCGCCACCGCUACCAUCAUGCUCAUGGGUGACACAUGUACUCGAGGCUGCCGCUUCUGCAGUGUCAAGACCAAUCGAAAACCCGCCCCCCUGGACCCUCAUGAACCCGAGAACACUGCCGAGGCCCUCGCCCGGUGGGGCCUGGGUUAUGUCGUCCUGACUACCGUCGAUCGAGAUGACUUGGCCGACGGCGGCGCCAGGCACUUUGCCGAGACAAUACGCCGCAUCAAAUCCAAGAAGCCCAGUCUUCUCGUUGAGGCGCUCACCGGUGAUUUCAUGGGUAACCUGGACAUGGUUAAGAUCGUUGCCGAGAGCGGUCUCGAUGUCUUUGCCCACAAUGUUGAGACAGUAGAGGCCUUGACACCGUAUGUGCGGGACCGGAGAGCCACCUUCAGACAGAGUCUAAGUGUAUUGGAACACGCCAAGAAGGUCAAGGGACCUGACAGCAUCAUCACCAAGACGAGCUUGAUGCUUGGUUUGGGUGAGCAAGAACACGAGAUCAUGGACGCCCUGAGAGAACUCCGUAAGAUCGGCGUCGACGUAGUUACUUUUGGCCAGUAUAUGCGGCCGACAAAGCGUCAUCUCAAAGUAGAGAAGUACGUUACGCCUGUUGAGUUCGAGAUGUGGCGGCAGCGCGCCGUCGACAUGGGCUUCCUCUACGUGGCAAGUGGGCCCCUCGUUCGGAGUAGCUACAAGGCCGGUGAGGCCUUCAUAGAGAACGUGCUGAAGAAGCGCGCUGGUGAGAAAGUUUCCGCGGGGCUAGCUGGAAAGCUAGAAGAUGCAAUAGCGGGUGAUGAUAUCCUAAAGAUUGAAUCAGCGUAGGCGUACUUGAGUUACAUGGCUUAUCGCCCAAUCGCUCUAGCCUCGGCCCUGUAUAUGUCUACAUUCAACGAGUUUUGUAUAUUUUAAUGUUUGGGGUAGCUGGACUAAGGGGCAUCGGCGUCUCGUGCAUAGAUCACUUCUAAACCCGCAUGGCUGGCGUAAUGGAAUCCUUUCAACUAGGAUGCUAAGGACAUAUAGAUAUCAAUUCAACCUCACGUUCCUACA